CACUGCAGCCCGCGAGCAGAGCUCAGUGUGAGGAGAAUCAUGGACGUAAACUAAGCAGAAAGUUACCAUGAUAAAAGUUAGGCAUUUCUUUCAAAUUACAGCAACAACACCCGUUUCCCUUGUAAAUCAACAACCUUUCCCCCCCAGGGUCUGAGGUUUGCUUAAGUUUACAAGGCAUCGCUCUUUCAACACUAACUAACGUUACAGUUACACUCUGACAGAAAGAAUGCGCGAGUCAGUUAGCAUUAGCCGGCUAGCAGCGUGCUGACAGCAGCGACAGGAGGCGAACAAAAGAUUGCUCUGCAUUUGUCCUCUUGCACUGACAUUCGGUCCAUGCAGAAGGGGCGAUUAUCAACACAAUGCCCGUGUUACUUUUCCUGAUAGACACGUCCGCCUCCAUGAACCAGCGCUCCCAUCUGGGCACUAGCUAUCUGGACAUAGCGAAGGGCGCAGUUGAGACUUUCCUGAAGCUGAGGAGCAGAGAUCCGGCCAGCAGGGGAGACAGAUACAUGUUAGUGAGUUUCGAGGAAGCACCGGCUGGAAUUAAGGCUGGAUGGAAGGACAGUCAUGCCACUUUUAUGACUGAGCUGAGGAACCUGCAAGCAGUUGGACUGACAUCGAUCGGCCAGUCUUUAAGGACCGCUUUUGAUUUGCUCAAUCUCAAUAGAUUAGUUUCGGGGAUAGACAACUAUGGACAGGGUAGGAACCCUUUUUUCUUGGAGCCUGCUAUCAUUGUGGCCAUAACUGAUGGCAGCAAGCUGACCAGCAGUUGUGGUGUACAAGACGAGUUACAUUUGCCCCUGACAACACCGUUGCCUGGCAGUGAGCUGACCAAAGAGCCCUUCCGAUGGGACCAGCGACUCUUCUCUUUAAUACUCCGCAUUCCAGGCCACACCUCUUCUGACCCUGAACCAAUGGGUGGAGUUCCACUUGACCCAUCCCCUAUUACGCCCAUGUGCGAGGUCACUGGGGGCCGAUCAUACAGCGUAUUUUCCCAGAGAAUGCUGAACCAGUGCCUGGAGUCUCUGGUGCAGAAAAUCCAGAGUGGUGUGGUCAUUCAUUUUGAGAAGACUGGACCUGAUCCUCCACCUGCUGAAGAUGGCCCAAUAGAAAUGAAGCAUGGACCUCAAUCAUGGCACAGCUGUCAUAAGAUGAUCUAUGUCAGACCCAACCCUAAAACUGGUGUUCCUGUUGGUCACUGGCCUAUCCCGGAGUCUUUUUGGCCGGACCAGAACUCUCCUACUUUGCCUCCACGUGCAGCUCACCCGCAGGUGAAGUUUUCAUGUGUUGAUUCAGAGCCCAUGGUGGUGGAUAAAGUGCCCUUUGACAAGUACGAGCUAGAGCCAUCUCCGCUCACUCAGUACAUACUGGAGAGGAAAUCACCGCACACCUGCUGGCAGGUUUUUGUUUGUAACAGUGCUAAAUAUGGAGAACUCGGGCAGCCGUUUGGUUAUCUGAAGGCCAGCACAGCUCUUAACUGUGUCAACCUGUUUGUCAUGCCCUAUAACUACUCUGUGGUGCUGCCUUUGCUCGAUGACUUGAUUACUGUGCAUAAGUUCAAGCCUCCAGCGAAGUGGCGACAAUCUUUUGAAAACUAUCUUAAAACAGUCCCACCCUACUAUAUCACUGCCCUGCGGAAAGCACUAAGAAUGAUGGGAGCUCCAAACCUGUUGGCUGACAACAUAGAGUAUGGUCUAGGCUAUAGUGUUGUGUCUUAUCUUAAAAAGCUCAGUCAACAGGCAAAGAUCGAGGCAGACAGAGUUUGUGCAUUAGUAGGAAAAAAGGCGGCACUAGAAGGCGGGAUUAAACUUCGCUGCAGAAGCUCCGCCCUCUCUUUGGCGCACAGGAAAGAUUUUACACAGCUACUGCAAUGUAUCAUGGGAGAUGGACCAGCUCUGCCAAUGGAGGCAAACACCAAGGAGUUUGCUGGCUUUCAACUAGCUGCUCUGAAUAAAGCAUUAAAACCACAAGGACUGCGGAACCCCUAUGAUAUCCCCAGAUCUCAUCUUCUAGACCAGCUGAGCCGCAUGAGGCGGAACCUUCUGCACGCCAGCAUCUGCAUUCUGAAAGGACAAGAUCAAGAUCAGCUGCAUAGUGUUCCUAUAGCUCAGAUGGGCAACUAUCAGGACUACUUGAAGCAUUGCCCAUCCCCUCUAAGAGAAGCAGACCCUGAUCAGCCUAAACGUUUGCACACCUUUGGUAACCCCUUCAAACUGGACAAGAAGGCGAUGAUGGUAGAUGAGGCAGAUGAAUUUGUUACUGGCACUCAAAGCAAAGGCAAGCGUCCUGGAGAAUCCAGUAGUCCUGCUGGAGUAGGGGCCCCCAAACGCAGGCGCUGUAUGUCUCCACUGCUUCGGCUGGGACGGGCAUAUACACCUCCUAAAACACCACCCAGAACUCCGGAUAGUGAUCACACAGAAUCGGGCAAUCACAUCGCCAACCAUGUUGAGUCAAACUGCAGCUCAGACCUGGAGCUGAGUCCUGUGCCCGAGUCUGAACCAAUCCAGCAGAGGAACCACCUUCAGCUGGAUGAGGGUGAGAACCAGCAGGACCGAAUGCAGGAGAACGGCCAGUCCAGCGACAGUGAGUUGUCUCUGGGCAGCGAGGGUGAAGAGGAGGCCCCACACCGCUACCCUUCCCCCUGCCAGCUGAAGAAGAUCAGAAACCAAGAGAGCCAGGAACUGAACUCUGAACUCCGAGCGCUCAUCAACAAGGAGAUCAGGAAACCUGGCAGACGUUAUGAGAGAAUCUUCUACCUCCUUAAGCAAAUCCAGGGCAGUUUGGAAACGCGUCUGAUCUUCCUGCAGAGCAUAAUCAAAGAGGCUGCCAGGUUUAAGAAGAGGGUCUUGAUUGAGCAGCUGGAGAACUUCUUAGAGGAGAUUCACUUAAGAGCCAACAGCAUGAACCACCUGGACGGUUUCUGAGCAAUCUGACUGCACUAUUUAUGUAAUGUAAUUUGAGGCUUGUGUGUCUCCAGUCUUUAUCAGUAUUGAAGCUGAUUUAUCAAUCAGGACUUGAUGGGGUGUUGCUAAACCUCAGCACUGGGGAAAUGGGAAAAGUUGCUCCUAUAUCAAAUGGUCAUAAGCACGCACUGUAUUAUUAUUAUUUUUUUUUAAAGCAUUUUUUCCCCAUCUGUGCCAAAGAGAACUGGUUGAAAGGCACUGGUUUCCUCAUGCAUUUGUAUUUUUGUAUCCCCCCCCACCAUAGUUCCCCAUGACAUUUUAACAUGUGGAAUUCAUCACUAAUAUAAACAUGUUUUCCUUUCAGCUGUUCAUUCAGUCUCAGACAAGACAGACGAUUUACUGGAAAUCACUUUUAUUAGGUUGGAUCUCUCUAAUAAAGCAACUAUAAAUCAGCAAAUUCUACACAAGUUAAAAGGCGAGUUACCAAGCCAUUCUUUAAUGUUUGAGGUUUUGUAGUUAAAUUAGACUUGCACACUCCAAGAGUCAUUUGUUGUUUUGUAAAAUAGCUCAUCUCAGGAAUUUGUUGCAAGAGGAACAUAUUUCUGAAAUUUUGUUUUCCCAAUAUUCUUAAAAAGCUUUUUCUCCUUUCACAAAAGCAGGGUUUUUUUUUGUUUCGUUUUGUUUUUUUAAAUCUAUAAAAACAAAUUUGCCACUUGGACUUUUAUUUGUAAACCACCCAUCAUUAUUAACCAUGGAUUUAAGCAACUGUCAUGUGGUUUUCAGACCACAAAACCAUGACAAACCUAUGAGGAAGGACUGAAAAAGGACUGUAUCGCUUUUCUGAAAUUCUUUAUCUCUUGACUAAAAAUUGCAAAUGACAGUUCUGAAUUUGAUUUAGUGAAGCAACAACCAGAUAAACACCAUAUAAUAAAACACCAAAAUGAUGUAAAGUUAAUAUUUAAUCAUUCAGGAUUGAGAUAAGAGCCACUUAUUGACAUGGGUUGUAGCUGCUAAUGUAUUCCUACAUUACUGCCAAAUAUUCAGUAUCACUUAGUGCUUUUUUUUUUUUUUUUUUUUUUUUUUUUUAUCAGUCUUUGUAUAGCUCACCCUCUUAACCCUGCACCAGGGACCAAAUGUUUUCCAAAAAUGUUAUUGAUAAAUACAAAAAGCUUCUUUAAAAUAUUUUUAUUAUGCUGUAUAUAUGUACAUGGUGACACUGAAAAUAUUAUUUAAAUGUUUUGGUGGAAAGCCUUUUUUUUUUUUUUUGUAUGUAUUUGAAUAAAGUCUAUUUUACACUAUGAAUAGUCAUGUAAAUAAAUGACAUUUUCUGUCAUUAAUUUCUCAGUGGCAUAAUGUCAUUAAAAGGAUUGCAAAUCUU